GCUGAGAGCAACCAUAAUUUGUUGACAAUGUUUGGAGUUUUCGGAUUGCAGACGCUGAGUUUUAAUCAAUGUCCCCCCUCCGAUUCUGAAUGGCUGCUGUGAGUAUUGGUACUGUCGUGCUGGUUAGUGCACUGCUGUCAGGGGUUGUUUACCAUGUCACCCAGCAAGUUUUGACCCACUCUGGAGAGAGGCCCAACUUCAUCAUAAUCCUAGCAGAUGACAUUGGCUGGGGAGACCUGGGGGCAAACCAGGCCGGAGAGAAGCCCAGUUACACACCUCAUCUGGACCAGCUAGCACUGGAGGGGAAAAGGUUCACUGAUUUCCACUCCCCUGCGUCCACCUGCUCACCGUCCAGAGCUGCACUGCUGACCGGUCGGUAUGGCGUGCGUAACGGGGUCACACAUAACUUUGCGGUGCAGUCCGUUAGUGGUCUGCCUCUCAAUGAAACUACAUUUGCUGAACUUCUGCAGGAUGCUGGCUACUUCACAGCCAUGAUUGGAAAAUGGCAUCUUGGUCACAACGGUCCUUAUCAUCCUAUUAAAAGAGGAUUUGACUACUACCUUGGAAUUCCUUACAGCAAUGACAUGGGCUGUACUGACACGCCUGGCUUCGACCUUCCCGCCUGUCCUCCAUGUCAAGGAGGCUCCCAACAGAGCAGCGAGAGAGGCCAGGGAUGUUACACAGACGUGGCACUGCCUCUCUAUGAGAACCAGAGUAUCAUGGAGCAGCCGCUGGACCUGUGGAGCCUGACUGAAAAGUAUACCUCUGCAGCAGUCAGGAUUCUCCAUAGUGCAAGGGAGAGGAAGCAGCCACUCCUGUUGUAUGUGGCACUUGCCCACAUGCACGUGCCACUGGCUCAUGGGGGGGUGGCUGAGGGCGAGGGGGUGUACACAGUCACCCUCCGGGAUAUGGACCGACUGGUGGGUGCAGUCAAGGCCACAUCGGACCUCCUUGGCAAGGAAAACAGUCUCAUACUGUUUACUGGAGACAACGGUCCUUGGGAGCAGAAGUGUCAGUUUGCUGGGAGUGUGGGGCCUUUUCUGGGGCAGUGGCAGACAAGCCGAGGCGGAGGCUCGGCCAAAACAACAACAUGGGAAGGGGGCCAUCGUGAACCCACGGUGGCCUACUGGCCUGGAAAGAUUCCAGCCAACACCACAAGUGGCGCCCUGCUGAGUGGUCUGGACAUCUUCCCCACCCUCCUCUCACUUGCUGGUGUAGAUCCGCCCAAAGACAGGAAAAUCGACGGCAUCGAUAUGACGGACAUUCUGCUGGGAAAGACAGACACGGGUCGAAAGAAUCUCCUUCACCCAAAUAGUGGUGCUGCAGGUAUAUAUGGGGACCUGCAAACAGUUCGUGUGGGCUCUCACAAAGCCUUCUAUCUGACAGGUGCUGCUACAGCUUGUGGUGGAGGAGCUGGUCAGGCACAGCUUCACGACCCGCCGCUCAUCUUCGACCUGUCCCGUGACCCGGAGGAGCGCUCCCCUUUGGACCCGUGGAGUGCGGAGUACCAGGCCGCCCUGCAGGCUGUGGAGAGGGAGAGGGAGGCGCUGCUGUGGGACAUCGCCAACGAUAACGUCUCCACCGCCAACUAUGCCAAGAAGCAGGCAGCAGAACCCUGCUGCAACCAUUCACUGCCAGUCUGCAGGUGCAAGCCGCUCACACUCAGCUGAGAGGCUUAACGUGCAGGACUGUUCAAACACACAUCCAAACAUGCUCAUGCGUACGUGCACUGGUAUUCGUCUCAAAGAGUGUGUUCCAGCUUAUGAAGGGCUUAAUGUUGAAGUGAAUGUAGAAAUAAUGUGGCAAGGUAGCAAGUGUUUUGUUGUUUGUUUCAUUUAGUUUAAUCUCAUUCCAUUUUUAAUUCUUUGUUUAUACUGAAAUCACAUGGAGCCCCCUUCAGGUGAUAUUUUGUACUGAGCCAAUUUCAUGUUCCCUCACAAUACUUACACACGACACUACCUUGCAAUACGUUUGCUUUACCUCACAAUACUUUUGUAUAGAGGCCCCCCCCCCCCACCCCCCAAGGGUUAUGGUAGUGAUUGUCUGAGCUGAUUUUGUGUUCCCUCACAGUUCUCGUAUUACCUUGCAGUAUUUACACAUAGUAAUGCAGAAGUAUCAGCAAGGGAAUGCAAAAAACCUGACGAAGUAAUGCAGAAAUUAAAACAAUGUCUUCAUCAUCAGUUUGAGGGGAUAGUUACCUUUACUAU